CAUUCAUACACUCAACUUUAAUUGCGAAAAGUUAAUAAAUUAUUUUUAAAUAUGGAAGUUUAUAACUAGUUAUAAAUCUACUUGCAAAAAGUUCAAAUUAUAUUAUAACGUAUAUUAUUUAUAUAUUAUAAUAUUAUUUUAAAUUAAAUAAAAUAUUGCCUUAAUAAAAAGGUACCUGUAAAUAUAUAAUACAUUGUUGAUGUAUGGCUCGUAGUACUAAAGAUCUCAGAGAAGUAAUAAAUGUAUCAAGGAUUUCUCUUCGAAAUGAUACCAGUUCUGAUGAAUUAAGUGACGAUGAAGUUAAUGCUAAAAGUAGAAAUUUUGACAAGUUAACGGAUUAUUUGCUAUCUAGAUCAAGUUCAACAUUACCAAUUAGUAGUUUUAAUACUUUGCCAUUUAGAAAUAGGCCUAACACAGCUUUUGGAUCAAAGAAUUUUUCCCAACCUUUUUUGAAAAGGCCUGUUUCCGCACCAGCUGUUUGUAAAAUGUACUCAAAAAAAUUUAUGAUAAAUGAUAUUCAUGAAGAUAAAAUAAAAAAAAACUUUAGCAAAUUUGAAAACAUUCUAAGUUUUGUGGAUGGAACAAUUGUAAAUAGUUGGUUGCAAGAGUUGGAUUUCAAUCGUGAAACUAUAAUACUUUUUUUAAAGAAAAAUAACCAAUUUAUAGAGUUUUGCAAUUUUUUGUUAAAUAUGUCUACACAUAAGUGGAAUAAAUUAAUUGAGUUAGAAUUUUCGAUUUUAAUUGAUCAACUCAAAUAUGCUUUUCAUGCUGGCUUUGAAGGCGGAUAUUUAACAGAAAGUAAUAUUUUUGCACUGGCUCAAACAGUAGUUGCAGAAUACCCUAAAAAGUUAAAAGGUAGCAAAGGCUCUAAAAUGAUUUUAAACAUUAUAGUAAUUUUUUUGAACGGAAAAAGUGACAACUACAAAUCACUUCUUAAAAAAGCUGUUUGUAAAGUGAGUAGUAAACAGAACUUACAGUGGUUAUUGGCUUUUCGUGCUUUUGGAUUAAUUAAUAUGAUUAAUGGCAUUCUUAAUUUUUUUAAAAAUACUCAGCUAGUAUGCAAUUUAACAACAAUUGAAAAUAGCAUUGUUGAGUCAAGUUGUUAUAUUAAUGAUUGGAUGAUUUAUGCUAUUAAAAAAGGGUAUAAGAAUGUUUGCUUGUAUUUUUUAAAUCAUCAAAAAGAAUAUUGUUACAAUAGAAUAUGUGAUAAUCAUUUGAGAAAUUUGGUAUUUAUUGCAAUAGUAGAGAGAAAAAAAGAGUUAGCGGAAUUGUUACUUUCAUAUCUAAAUUCCUCUUGUUUGAAUGAAGUAGCAGACAAUGGUAAUUCCCCUCUUCAUUAUACUGUAGGAAAAGGGGAUCUAGAAAUGACUCAUUUUUUAUUAAAAAGUGGUGCUGAUGUCAAUAUCUUUAAUUAUCAAUGCGAAAGUGCAACUCCACUUCAUGUAGCUGUUAUGUUAGGUGAUCUUCACAUGGUAGAUUUGCUAUUGCGUUAUGGUGCAGAUAAAUCGUUAAAAAUGGGUAUUCCGCCAACUGUCACGCCAUAUGUUUUAGCAUGCGAUUUAAACCACGAAAAAAUAAAAGAAUUUUUAAAACAAAAAGAAUCAUGAAUUGCAUUGCUAUUUAUAUUAUUAUAACUUUAAAUAUUGUAAAUUUUAACAAAAAAAAAACGCUAAAAGUUACUAUUGCUGUGUAUUAAAUUCUUU